UGCUAACCAAAGAGCAUUAUCAAAGAAAGAUACGCACUGUCAUUUUCACGUGAGGGAUAGAUAGGGGAGGUACCCAGCUAGCUAGCUAGGUAAUUAAGAUACGUACUUUAUACUGUUCCUGAAAGGCGAGCUGAAAGGUCAUCAAACUACUGGUCUACUGAGCAAGCUGCAGCCGAGGUUCAGGUGGUGUAGCUAUGGCAACUUAUCGGAGGUACAAAGCCUGCUACGAUUUCUCGGCCAGAGAUGACACAGAGAUCUCGAUGAGCACAGGCCACACCCUCUUAGUCGGAGUCAAGCCGAGCGGCGAUUGGCCAGACUCUGAGAAAUUCAUGAAAGGGAUUAAUGAAACUACGGGAGCAGAAGGGGAAUUCCCCGGUGGGGCAUACGUGGUUUUCUUGGAGGAAUUCACCGAACAAGAAGUACUCUACGAUGAGCCCCCACCAGCCCCACCACCGCGGAGGGGGCCCUCGGCUGCGAAAAUACCGGUGGAUACAGAACCAGAAAUGAGAACCCUAGGGCCUCCCCGGGCCGCACCACGGAGGAGACCAGGCUCUGUGUAUGUGGAGGAGCCAGUGCAAUCACCAUCACCAGAGCCACCACCGACUCACAACUGGGUGGAGACUACCUGUCAGCUGCCCUUCCCCUGCACGGCCUGUGAGGAUGUUAUCUGGGGCAGUCUCAACCAAGCCUUCAAGUGUACAGUGUGCCUAGCGGUGUGCCACACCCACUGUGUGGAUCAUGUGAUCACCACACAGCAGUGUGUUCCCACGAACGACACUUCCCUGUCCCAGCAUAUUGAGUAUGCACACACAGCUGGGGCCGUCACGGAAUGGUCGGAGAACUAUGUUCAAAAUUGGAUGAGCUCUAUUCGGCUCAACGACUACAUAACCAAGUUCCAUGAUGCCGGUGUGACUAGGGGAGCUGACCUUGCCCGUGUUGAUGACAAUAUGCUGGAGGAGAGAGUGGGAAUUGCUGACGAGGCACAUCGGCAGAUCAUACUAGAGUGUCUGGAUGAGCUGUGUACAGGAGUGUCAUCAACGAUGCCGAGCAUAGCCGUAUACAGUGAUGACACCACGGAUGGUCGAAACUUGAACAGACUGAGUGGAAUAUUCUCCCUCCAUCGGUCGCCCUCCAUUCAAUCCAUCCAGUCACUCCUGGGGGGACUCGGGAAGAAACGAGGUGAUACUCACGUGUGUGGUCACGACUUUCACAAGCACACUUUCUCCACUCCACACUGGUGUGAUGUGUGUGGGCGUUUCCUCUGGGGCCUCGUCAUGCAGGGCGUCAAGUGUAGAGACUGUGGCAUGAAGGUCCACCGGAUGUGUAUGACAGAGGGCAUCUUCUCUUGUGAUGAAUGGAGGGACAGAAAAGGGGCCAUCGUCUCCAGACCCUCGUUUGGCCUGGAGCUUUCCUCUGUAUUUGAGAGCCAUGGUCAGAAGGCACCCGCUGUCGUGCUCAAGUGUAUAGAGGCUGUCGAGAGCAGAGGGUUGCGUAGUGAAGGCAUCUAUCGAGUCAGUCCUACCAAGUCAGUACUCAUAUCUCUCAGGCUGGCAUUGGACGAAGACCCUUCCCAAGUGGACAUACUGGACCUUAACUGGGACCACAAUGCCUUUGCCGGAGCACUCAAGCUUUACCUGAGAGAGCUCCCCAAUCCUGUCUUCACCUACCAGCUGUACGAGCUCUUUGUCUCCGCAGGAAGAGGGACCAGUGUUGAUAGUGUUCACUCGAAGCUUCUCCCCCUACUGGACCAACUGCCCGCCCCUCAUCGCAGCACGCUGGACACGCUACUAGAGCAUCUGGUCAGAGUGACAUCGCUCGAGAGUCAGAACAAGAUGAGCACUCGUAACCUGGCACUACUGUUUGGCCCCGCCCUCCUUAGACCACCCCCUGAUGAUAUACAGAAACUGAUUGAAAACAGUGAAAUUCACUUCCGUGUUCUAGAGGUCCUCAUCCUCAAGGCCACACCCCCAACACCCCCAAUACCUUCCCGCCCACCCCCUAGACGCUCAGUACCCAAAAGACCAGAGCCAAUGAUCCCGCCACGCCCACCUUCUGGUCGGCCCAUGUCCUCCAUUUUCCCGGGAGGUGGGCGGGAGGAGACGGACACACGUUCAACUAGUGGGCGUGAUAGAGUGCUCCCUCCCCUGCCAGUGGAGGAGGCUUCAGAAUCAGAUAUUUAUAUGUUGAAUGUACCUAGCAACAGACCCAGCCCGCAUGAUCGAGGUGUACCCGCUAUACCCUCCCAACCACCCUCCUCCCCCACCGCCCACUUCCCCCUCACAGACCAGGGCUGGUACUGGGCUGCCAUGAGCAAAGAGGAGGUGGCCUCUAAGUUACGUGACACGGACGACGGAGCCUUCCUAGUGAGAGACUCGUCCAGGACCCAGGGAGAGUACACUCUCACCGUGCGGAAGAGCGGCUCAAACAAACUCAUACGAAUUAUAUACUCCAAGGGCAAGUAUGGGUUCUCUGAGCCCACAGUGUUCUGUUCUGUACCCGAACUGGUGGAGUUUUAUCAACGUGAGCCACUCACUAAAUACAACCCCAGACUCGAUAUCACACUCUCCAAGCCGGUGUCAAGGUUCGCUAAGGUCGAUGAUGACGAGGACGAUGAACCAGUUGAAGACAGAGACACCACCACAGAGAGUCUACUCGUGAAACUCCAGGACAUCUCUCAGAUAUUUGACCAGAAGAACGACCAGUACCUGGGAAUGGAGGCCUCUUAUGAAGAGUGCAAGAAGACGGUGGAGACGGCUAAGAACAAUGUGGCUGCCAAGAACUUGUGGUUGGAUAUGAUCAAAGAGCAGCAGAAAAUUUCAAAUGAAGGCCAGCAUAUUGGGCUGAGCAGGAACGAUCAGCAGAGUAUAAUGAAUAACGCCAAGUUGCUAGCCUCUCGGAUAAGGGAGGCCCAAAAGUCUCUCCAACAAGCCGGCAGGAACUUUGCUGAAAUUAAUAUGGCAUUUCGGACGAUGGACAAAGACAUCAACACGAUACGUCCAGAGCUGAUGAGGCUGCAGUGGGAGAAGGAGCAGUACACUAUUCAGCUGCACAGUCUGGGUAUGAGCAAAGAGUUAAUCAACCAACGAGUGAAGGAGAACGCCUUCUCAGAGUCUGAGAGCAUAUACGGCACUCUCUAUGGGACGCUGGACGACCAACCAGAAGCAGAGGAAGACCCUUGGGAUGAGCCCACCGUCCACACUUUUGUCGAGGAUCCCAAUGCCCCAAGUCUCCCCUCAAGAGACAGUAUCCGAAACAACUCCUUCCCCGAAGUCCCGCCCCCAAGGGAGAAUGUCCGAAACUCCUCCCUACCCGGAAUCCCGCCCAGUCGAAGGGUACCCCUGCCACCACAAGACGAUCGACCGCUCUCGCCCCCUCCAAAACCGGCCCCCCGUGCCGCCUUCCCUCACAAAAUCCCCAAGCUGCCUCCUGCUAGACCGGAGAGAGAGGACAGACCAUCCCCCUCACCAGUGGGGCCCAUGCAUCAAAGACACAACUCAGUACCAAUGGCUCCUGACAAUCCUCACUUGAGAAAGGAGACCUGGUAUUGUGAAGUGGACAGAGUCAAGGCUGGUGAGAUGUUGAAGACCAGAAAGAAUGGUACCUUUCUUUGUCGACCUGCUGCUAAGCAACGGUUGAUGUCACAAGGAGAGCUACAUACUCACAGCAUUGACAUUGUGUAUGAUGGCCUCAAGCACUUGAAGGUGGUCACUCUCAACGAUAAAUUUGGUUUCUCUGUGCCAUGCACUUCAAAUUCCCUGGAGGAGCUGAUCCUUCGCUACAAGGAGCACUCUUUAGAGCAGCAUAACCAUGGACUCACUACCACCCUAAAAUAUCCUAUAAAUUCUCCUUAGCUCUCUUACUAGCUCACAAUUGUUUUGGUAGAAAUAAAUAUAGCUUCUAUGAAAUGGUAUCGCUAUGCUAUUAUUUUUUGCUAUUAUGUUUUAUGUUUUCAUAGCAGUCCGUUUUUUUUUUAGAGGAUAGGAGUUUCAGUUGUUAGUUUUGAUUUCCUGUAGUUGAGUUCUUGUUGUAUGUUGAAACAUUUUUUGCAGUAAAUUUUUGUAAUUCUGUUGUGUAAUGAAGCGGUUUUUCAUGCGGUAAAGAUCGUUAACAACACAUG